AGGAGGAGCAACGAAUGGGACAAACGGAACGGAACGCAAAGGAAUAACAGUCCGUCCCUGUGAAUCAGGAUCAUCACUGACUCAUGACCAGCUGCACCAUGUCUCGCAUUCUAACUUUUUUGUAGUUGCUCACAUAAGGGCAGUUUGGAGACAGUUUGGAGAAGAAAAGGGGACAUCUGCAGAAGUUUCCCCCCCCAACAGAGUGAGUCAGCCUCUCAGAAGCUUCAGAGCUACAGGUCGUCCUGCUGCUCUUCAUCUGACAAACAGGGAUUUUCGCGUGGAUAAAAUCAGAGUUACAUGUCUAAGAUGGAGGAGGAUCAGAAGUGGGGAGUCGUAGGGAAAGCAGGUGAGGAAAGGAAGAGUUGCGUGAAGCAGCAGCAGCAGCGACCUUCAAAACAGCCGCUGUGGAGGAAUUGGAGAGACUCGGCUGGUCUAACGGUUUGCAUUGCGGUGUGUGUGCUGUGCCUCGGAGCCUGCGCGCUGGUUUUAGUGCGGAGCUCCGAGCUGCAGUCCAGGAUAGUGAGUCUGGAGCAGCAGCAGCGGGACGCGCAGCUCUCUGCCUGGAUGUUGUCUCUGGAGCAGGUGGAGCCCGUUAUCCUGGGCAGACUGGACCAGAUCCUGGAGGAGAAGCUUGCAGCACGACUACCAAAGACACGGGAGGCGAGGGACACAUCUCACAGCUGUCUGUGUCCUCCAGGACCUCCAGGUCCUCCUGGACGAGCAGGCUUUCCGGGUGACAAAGGAAGUAUGGGAAUUCCUGGGAGAAUGGGCUUAAAAGGACACGCAGGGGAGAAGGGAGCACCAGGUGAGCCUGGCCUGUCUAUCAUUGGACCAAGAGGACCUCCUGGACAACCUGGUACAAGAGGAUUUCCAGGCUUUCCAGGUCCAAUUGGGUUGGAUGGCAAGCCUGGGCAGAAUGGACUUAAGGGAGACCUGGGUCAGCGAGGUCCUAAAGGAAUCCCAGGGGAACCUGGACCCAAAGGGGAAAAGGGCACAUGUGGAGACUACACACACCGGAUGUUGCCCAUCACCGUGCGCAACAUGCCCUCAAUAAGCCCUCUAAUCCUAAAACGCCUCAAGCAGGGCGAGCCUGGAGCACAAGGACCCCCAGGACCACCUGGACCACCAGGGGCCCCAGGACUGGAUGGAACCAGUGGCCCACCGGGCAAACCCGGGGAGCCAGGGAAACCAGGAAAAGACCCAAGACUUAUACCAGGAUUAAAGGGUGACCGAGGGGAUGCAGGCCCACAAGGUCCUGAAGGCCCAAAGGGAGAUAAAGGAGACCAAGGAAUACAGGGAGAUGAAGGAAAGAGGGGUGUCCCAGGAGAAAGUGGAGAGAAGGGAGAGCCAGGUUUCCGGGGGGCUCCUGGGAUAAAGGGCCAGGCUGGCGUCAAUGGUAGCCCUGGAAUCCCUGGCAAGAGGGGUUAUAGGGGAGACAAGGGAGAGCCGAGCAUUACAGCCCAGGCAAUUAAAGGAGAGCCAGGUUCACCAGGACUGCCAGGCCAAAUAGGACCCAAGGGUGACAAAGGUGACCAGGGCGACAAGGGAGAAGUAGGCACUGAAGGCCCAGCUGGACCAAGAGGUCCUCCAGGCCCAACUGGGGAGCCAGGAAAGGCUGAAAUUCAGAACAAUGAAAAUGAUAUCCGCAACAUACCCCUGAUGGGUCCCCCUGGAUUACCUGGACCUCCAGGGCCCUCUGGACUCCCUGGUACCAAGGGUGAAGUUGGUCUACCAGGUCCACCAGGACUGGAUGGAGAGAAGGGACCCAGAGGAAAGCCUGGAGAGCCUGGUCCUGCAGGCCCAGCUGGUCCUGAAGGUCCCAGAGGAGAGGGUGGUGUCAUGGGCUUCCCAGGACCCAAGGGAGACAAGGGAGACAUGGGUCCAUCUGGAUCACCUGGUUUAGAUGGCCCUACAGGUGAAAAAGGGGCCACAGGGUCCCCUGGCCCUAUUGGAUUACCUGGCACAAUGGGAUCUAAAGGUGAACCUGGAGAUGGAGGAAGGUCAGAAAUGAUCUAUGGUCCUCCAGGGCCCCCAGGACCUCCAGGACCAGUUGGCCCAGCAGGAUCUCAAGGACCCUCUGGGCCUAAGGGAGAACCAGGCAUUGGCAUCAGAGGAGAAAAGGGAGCGACAGGUCAGAAGGGCGACAAGGGAGACAGAGGCCAUCUUGGACUCCCCGGGGCUCAUGGGUUAGACGGCAGACCGGGUCCAGUGGGUCUAAUAGGACCAGUCGGUGUGUCAGGGCCAGCCGGACCAAAGGGAGAGAGAGGUGAAAAGGGAGAUGCAGGAUUACCAGGACCAAUUGGGCCGCAAGGCAUCCCUGGUUUAGUAGGACCACAAGGAUUCAAGGGAAAUCGGGGAGAGAGGGGCAAGAAAGGCAACAGGGGGGCCAAAGGGGAUAAGGGAGACCAAGGAGCACCUGGAUUAGAUGCCCCCUGUCCGUUGGGGGAUGAUGGCUUACCUGUACCAGGAUGUUGGAACAAAUGACGAUAACUUUGGAAUGGCUUGUGUGAUUGUACAUAGGAUAUUUAUUUUUUUACUUUUCCUAUUCUGUUCUACACGGAAGAAAUUUAAAAAUCCUAAAAAUCAAUUUUUGUACAGAUUGUUUAUUUUAAUAUGUAUGGUUUAUGUAAUGGAUUUUUAUAUCUAUGCAUCAUUUUAAUAUGAUUGGUCAAGUAAAAAUUAUAAUGUGGCUACAUAUGCAUGAUAUUUGUGCAUAAUGUGAAGUGGAUAAUGCUAAUUAACUUAUUGCAUUAUGCUGUUUUGUUCUGUUUUAAUAGACCAUGCUGCACUGAGUUGUGGGGCUGGAAAGAUUAUGUGUUAGAAUUUGGAAAGUCUUAAUAAAGUGUUAAAAACUAAAAAAAAAAAAAUAUAU